AUGUUGCUCCGUUUGCCCUUCAGGCUGUUGGUCAGGAUGUGGAACCAGACAUCUGAGACGCAGUCCUGGCGGAACAGCAGUCAGACUCCUCCAUGUCUUAUUCAUAGUCUUGACCACAUUGUGAUGACAGUGAAGAGCAUCCAAGAAACCAUCAAGUUUUAUUCCAAGAUACUGGGCAUGGAGGUUAGGACUUUUAAGGGGGACCGGAAAGCAUUAUGUUUUGGAGACCAGAAAUUUAAUCUUCAUGAAGUGGGAAAGGAAUUUGAACCUAAAGCAGCUCAUCCAAUUCCUGGCUCUUUAGACAUUUGUCUGAUCACAGAGGUGCCUUUGGAGGAAGUGGUUCAGCAUCUCCAGGCUUGUGAUGUUCCCAUUGAGGAUGGCCCUGUGCCUAGAACGGGGGCAAAAGGGCCCAUUAUGUCCAUCUACUUCCGAGACCCGGACAGAAAUUUGAUUGAAGUGUCCAACUAUAUUUCCUCUGACUGA